AUGACCGACAUCAUCGCCCGCCUCGAGGAUUCCCACAACAAGGUGAACGAUGUCUAUGCCUCUGGAGCUGUGGAGGGUUAUGGGAAAGAGGCCCAGGAAUCCUUGACGCUGGAAUCCCGCUGCAAAGCCAUCCCGGUCCCAAAAGCAGAGGCCAAAGUGAGUGCGAAGAGCAAAGCCGCUCCUAAGGGAAAGGCCAAGGCUCCUGCUUCCAAGCUCAAGCGGCUGGCCAACAGCGCAGCCCAAGAGAUGACCGAGAAUGCCUCAGCUGCAGUGGUGCUUCGAAAAGCAGGUGCCGUGUCAAAAGACAACAUGAAGAACGCUGAGCGGGACCUUCAUCAACUAUUUCGAUCCUUGGGGUUGUCCUUGCCAAUCACACCAUGGCCUAUGAAAUUUGGACUGGCGUACCUACAUCGCUUGAGGUUUUCAGAUUGGUUCACUUACUUGAUGAAAAACCAUCCGGAGCUCUUACUUGGAGGUUGCGACCUGGAAAGUGGUCAUUACAUGAAGCUCCUCCAAAGCUACUGGCAGAAUGUUGAAGUUGGGAUGCCUGACCACAUGGUCUUCAAUGUGGACGACCAGCGUUCCCUCACCCAGUGUGUUCCAUACUACAUCCACCUAGACGAGGGAACGUCGUUGCGCAAGAGUGCUGUAAUGGUAUACCAAAUGCAGCCAGUUUUUGGCCGAGGCACAGCGCUGAAGUUUGCAGAGAUGCUCGCAGCUGAGGAGUCCCGCAGCGAAUCCGCCAUGCACCACCUUAUGUCACAAAGCAUGCUGCACAAUCAAAAGGGAGUGACCUGGAAGUCACGUUUCCUGCUGGCCUGUGUGCCUAAGAAGCUCUAUAGCAAAAAGUUUGCCAAGAAUUUUGAUAGAAUCCUUGAUGUCUUUUCGGACGAGAUUGUAGAGCUUAUGGUUAAUGGCCUACGGAUCCACGGACGUGUGUGGUAUUUCAUCCCCAUGGGAUGCAAAGGUGAUGCCCCGGCAUUGGGGAAGGCCGGACACUUUACACGGACGUUCAUGAACUUGGGCUACAACAAGGGCAUCUGCCCUGAGUGUCUUGCUGGCUACCUCGACUACCCCUUCGAGGACAACAGGCGGUUGCCAAGCUGGGAAGGAACCAUGGGAGUUGUCAACCCGUGGUCGGAAGGGCAGGAGAGCCCUUUGUUGCAGAUCCCUUUCAGGCCCACAGCACCGCAUUUGUUUUGGCGGAAGGACCCCUUCCACAUCUGGAAACAAUCUCUCGGCGGUCAUUGGAUAGCAAGCUCGAUCAUUUUGUUGCUUGACUUCAAGGUGUUUGGCCAAAGCAGUGUUGAAGAGGGGCUUGAGUUGGCAUAUCAGGACUACAACUUCUUUGUCAAGAAGGAGUUUGCUGGUAAGCAUGUCUCUCAUUUGAAGCACUUCACGCGACAGAUCUUACAUUUCUCAAAGCAGGAGUCCUUUCCUCAUUCAAGGCCAAAGGGGUCGGAUGUCAUGCUGAUCACCAGGUGGUUAAGUGCGCUUCUGGCACGUGGGCCCUACGAUCCUGAGAAGGGAGGGCGAAGUGGAAGAAGCCUGGUCUCGCAUCCGCCGCAGCCACAUCACGCUGAGUUCUUUAGGGCAAUGGCAAGUGGUAACAAUGCGGCCUUGCAGUUCUUCAGGCAAACGCACACCAAUGGGAUUUGGCUUCUCCGGUCUGUUGCCCAGGACAUGUGUUCAGCUGCGUUCAGCUUCACUGAUGCGUACGCCUGCCUUGCAAAACUGUGUCACCAACAGAAGCUGGCAAGAUUUCACCUGGAACCAAGCUACCACUAUUGGCACCAUUUCGGGGUGGAGUACCGCCAGCGUUUGGAGAAUGGAGACACCUACAUAUACAGUUGUGCAUGUGAUUGCUGCGAAGCUGACGAGGACUUUGUGGGUAAGAUUGCAAAAAUCUCAAAGGCUGUGCACGCCAGCACCGUUUCUUUGCGGGUUUUGGAACGGUACCUGCUCAUGUGCAGAGCGGUGUUUUCCGAUGAUGACCUCCUCACUAUCACAAGCUGA